AUGGCAACCUCAUACCUGACAGAGUCACUGGCAGGACCAACAAGUGCCCGAGGAUCAUCAUACUCAUACUCCUACGAAUCACACUACGAUAACCCACCGGAGGAGGAAUACGAACACUUUACGAAUGAUGAUGGGGUACAUCAGAUGCAGAAAGUGAGUUAUUUCGAAUUUGAAUGUUGGAAAAAAUACGCUGAUGAGAAAAGCGAAACAGAUCAGCUAAACGCUGUAUACGGAAAAUGUAUCGUGACUUGGUAA